AUACAGCAUUGCGGUUUCAAAUACGCGAUUUUUUAAGGUUAGUUCGUGGUCGUUGAACGUUGCAAAUUUACGGAAAAUGCCUGGUGGUGUAAAUACGUAAGGUUGAACUUCUAACAUACUCCAAGGAAGUGAUUUUUACGGAUGCCAAUAUAAGUGCCUGCUCGUUUGAUUUCUGAAAUAUUUAAAUACCGAUAUUUAGACAUAAUGUUCGCGUUAGGGCUGAUUUACAAUGCUACAAGGGCGUCUUUUCAGAUGGUUCAGGAUAUGGAUUUCGCGGAAGCAUUUGAUAACAUGGAGCGAUGUCUCCUGUACAUCGGCGGAGGAGCUGGAGCCUUAGCUCUCACUGGUGUAGCAGCAGCAUCAGCAUAUUACCUGGCCAAAGGUGCAAGUCCAACACCACAGAGACCUCUUUUUCCCUUGGAAGCUCAAUGCAUCGAAGAGGAGGAGGGUCCAGAUUUGAUUCGAGUGUCCAGGUUUUUCAACCAAGCAAAAGAAGGCAAAUUCAUCAGCUACGUAUACUCAGAUGCAAAAACACUAUACGAGUCAUUCAGACGAGGCUCCAAAGUAUCAAAUAAUGGUCCCAGUCUGGGUUGGAGAGAAUCGUACUCCAAGCCGUACCAGUGGUUGAGCUAUAACGAAGCAUUGCUGAGGGCGAAAAACUUCGGUUCCGGCCUCGUUGCCAGCGGUCUCCCGCCAGGACAGACUACCAUAAUCGGUAUCUAUUCUCAGAAUUGCCCAGAAUGGAUCCUCACAGAGCAAGCAGUAUACUGCUACAGUAUGGUGCUGGUACCGUUGUACGAUACUCUAGGUCCAGAAGCAUGUGCCUUUAUUGUCAAACAAGCCGAAAUCACUACGGUAGUUUGUGAUGACGACGCAAAAUGCAACCUUCUAUUGGAGAGAUCCCCAAGAUGUCUCAAGAAACUGAUAGUUAUGAGAGACGUCAGGGCAGCCACCAGACAAAGGGCGAAAAACAGAGGAGUGGAUAUAAUCAAAUUCACGGAUCUUGAAGAGUUGGGAGCGAAAACAAACCACCCAGAAGUUCCUCCUAAACCUAGCGAUCUUGCAACGAUAUGUUACACUAGUGGAACAACUGGCAACCCCAAGGGUGUGAUGUUGACCCACGAAAAUAUAGUGGCCUCUAUGAGUGCCGUAAUAAUGCAGUUCGGUGACCAUAAACUAAGAAAUAACGAUAUUUUGAUAUCUUUCUUGCCGUUGGCGCAUAUGUUGGAGAGGUGUUGUGAGAAUGCAAUGUACUGCGUAGGGGGAGCAGUUGGGUUCUACUUAGGAGAUAUAAGAAGGUUGUCAGACGAUAUGAAAGCCCUAAAACCCACAGUAACCCCAGCAGUUCCUAGAUUACUCAAUAGGAUAUACGACAAGGUGCAAUCAGACAUUAGUGGAAGUUGUGUUAAGAAAACUCUGUUCAAUAUGGCGCUGAGCGCCAAAGAGAAAGAACUAAAAAGGGGAAUCGUUAGGAAAAACAGUUUUUGGGAUAUGUUGGUGUUCAGAAAAGUCCAAGAAGGCAUGGGAGGACACCUUAGGUUAAUGUUGGUAGGCUCAGCACCAUUGGCUGAAAACGUGCUGACUUUUGUUCGCUGCGCCUUGGGAUGCAUUGUAGUUGAAGGCUACGGUCAGACCGAAUGCACAGCCCCAAUUUCGCUGACCAUUCAAGGAGACCACUCUCCUGGCCACGUUGGCCCACCGGUAGCAUGUUGCUGCAUUAAAUUGGUAGAUGUUCCAGAAAUGGAGUACUGGGCGAAGAAUAAUCAGGGUGAAGUGUGCGUUAAAGGAACCAACGUAUUUCAGGGAUACUACAAGGACCCAGAAAAAACCGAGGAGGUAAUUGACGAGGCAGGAUGGCACCAUACGGGUGAUAUAGGAAUGUGGUUACCGAAUGGAUGUCUAAAAAUCAUCGACAGGAGGAAGCAUAUCUUCAAACUUUCGCAAGGAGAGUACAUAGUACCAGAAAAAAUAGAAAAUAUUUAUAUUCGUUCGCAGUACGUUAGUCAAGUUUUUAUAUAUGGAGAAUCUCUUAAAUCUUGUAUAGUAGGUAUCGUAGUACCAGACGUAGAUGUAAUCAAAUGCUGGGCUCACGAGAACGGAAUUCCCGGAACCCUCAGCAUCCUCUGUAAUAAUCCAGAAGUUAAGCAGCUAAUUUUAGAUGAUAUGAUCACGUGGGGCAAGGAGGCUGGAUUAAAAUCCUUUGAGCAAGUAAAGGACAUCUACCUUCACCCCGACAACUUCAGCAUUCAAAAUGGCUUACUCACACCGACAAUGAAGUCGAAACGUCCACAGUUGAAGGCUUACUUUAAACCACAAUUAGACGAUAUGUACAGUAGGCUCGUGUAGAACAUUUUUUAGACUUUUUUUUCAAAUUAAUUCUUAAGACAAAAUCUUGUAUACAAUAUCGUCGAUAAUAAUGACCAAUAGGCAGCUUCGGUAGGUGAUAUAUUUGUCGAAAUCAGAGAUAUUAAUGUAGAAGACUAUUUGCUAAGCGAAUAGUAUUGAUUCUGCAACAAGGUUAGAAAUAAAAUUAAAUACGAGUGAAAGAUUUUGAACUGGAGCGUGAGAUACCACCAGUGGCUCGAAUUUUCAUUCUGACCGACACCACUGGUGUCAAACACCAGUGUCUUAGUCUGAAAGGGUACUAAGACUACUACUACGCCUAUUGAUCAUAAAUAUCGUGAAAUGCAUAUAGUUGUAGACUUAAGCAACAAUUUUAUUUGCGAUGUUUUGUACGAAAAAAACAUAUUUGGUAUAGACAGCUGAACAUGGUAGUCUUUAAAAUAUAUCUGGAACAAUUUUGUUGGUUUAUUGUACCUAUUUAAGUAAAUUUGUUUUAAUCUUUGGUGGACUGUUCUUUCGAGGUGUCAAUAUGAUCAUUUUUUAUUUUAAAUUAUCCAAACGAUAAGUUAAUUUAAAAUAGUAGAAGAGAUUUUACUCGGAGUAUGAUACGCAUUAAAACAAACAAAUAAAUUCUGUAUCUAUACAUCGAGGAGUACGGCGAGGAGACACCAUCUCACCAAAGCUAUUCACAACCCUUUUAGAACAAACUUUUAAGAAGGUAGAUCUGAACAAAUAUGGUAUCAACAUAAAUGGAGAGAAGCUCAGUCAUUUGAGAUUCGCAGAUGACAUCGUCCUUAUAGCCGAUCGUAUGGAUGAUUCAAUAAUAAUGUUGAACAAAUUAUAUCACGCUUCCUUAGAGGUCGGACUAAAGAUUAACAUCAACAAAACGCAAAUAAUGACUAAUCUGGUGCUAAAUCGUAAUAUUGUUGUUGAUGGAAUGGAUAUUGAACAGACUUUUGGAUAUUGAACAGAAUAUAUCUUUCUAUAUUCUCUAGAAUGCCUCCUUAAUAAAAUUAUGACCAAAAGCCAACGGUAACCAGUAAAUACAAAGAGGUGUCGGACAGGGUUGUAUACUGUCCCCACUGUUAUUCAAUUUAUAUUCAGAUAAAAUAUUUAAAGAAUAAUUUGCAAUGGGGUGUGAAAGUUAAUGGAAUUCUGAUUAAUACAAUCAGAUAUGCAGACGAUAAAGUUAUUUUAAGUGAUGACAUGAAUGGAUUAUAAUGCCUUUUAAAUGCCAUUGACACAGUGGGAAGAGAGUUUGGCCUAAACAUAAACUGUUCAAAAACAAAAUACAUGGUGUUUAGCUGUUUGGCCCAUCAAGAUUCACGGUUAUUUAUUUGUGAUGGUCAUAUAAUUAAAAGAGUAGAAAGCGCAUGUUUAAAUGUUACAUUUGGUCAGUCCUCUUAUACGGUGUCGAAGCAUGGACAUGAAAAAUAUCCACCAUUAAUCGUUUGGAGGCCUUUGAAAUGUGGCUGCAUAGACGUACGCUAAAAAUACCAUGGACGGCUAUGCUGACAAAUGUAGCAGUCCUUAAGUUAGUCCGUUCUUUAACGGUAAAAUAUUGCAAAACCUCUAAAUUUUAAAGAACCGCUUCAAUUGACAUGAAAUUUGGCAUACACGUAGUUAACAAGUCAAAGAAAAAAAGUGAUAUUGUGCCUAUAUGUGCUUUUGCCCCGGGGGUGCUUUUCACCCCCUCUUGGGGGUGAAAAAGUAUUCGUCCAGAGUAAGUCCGGAAAUUAAUAAAUUGACUAGUUUUAAGUAACUUUUGUUCUAUAGAGUUUUUUCACUAAGUCAAUACUUUUCGAGUUAUUUGCCAGUGAAUAUGUUAAUUUUUUCAACAAAAUAACCACACUUUUAGAAGGUUUUUUGGAAAUAACUCAAAAAGUAAGUAUUUUGUCGAAAAAAAUUCGUAGCAAAAAUAUAGCCUGUAAAAAAUUUAAAAAAAAAUGGUGUAUAUAUCACGUUUCUAUACCUAGUAGAAGCAGAGUUAUAGCUAAUUAAAAAUAGGUUCAUAUUCUUCAAAUUCCAAAUGGAAUACUUUAACGUGAAAUAACCAAAAAUGAAGCACAUUUCGGGGAAAACUCAUUACAACUUAUAUAAAGUGUUUAAAAAAAGCUUCAUUUUUGUUUUAUAAAAAAAAUUUCUAGCAUCAAAAGUAAACAAGUUACGCUCAAAAUAAAGUUAGUCCCUUUUUUUUUUGUAAAAAAAUCGGGAAAAUCACCCCCUAAUUAGUAUCUCAAAUGAACUUAAUCGUUACGACUUCACAAGUUUCUUGACCCGUGUAUGUAUUGUUUAUAUGAUCUGUAAGUUUCAUCGGUUCAAAGUCCUUAUUUUUGAAAGGGCUGUAGUUAAAAGGGGUUGAACGAGUCACUCAUCACGAAUGUAUGCAAAUUUAGAAACACCAAAUCUCAAUCAAUUUUUGUCUAACAGAAAAACAAAACAAUACAUGAUAUUCAGAAAAUCAAUCCUAAUUUUUUUGUGUUUUUCGAGGUUUUUGGUAUCUCUAACAAUUUUUAAGUUAUUUUGAAAAAAAAGCAUAUUUUUCAAAAUUAAAAUUUUUAAAAAUUUUACUUUAAAACCAAAUUUUUUCCAAAAUAAGCACUUUGAAUCGAUGAAACUUACAGAUCAUAUAAACACAACAUAAUUUCAUUUAAGUUGCUAAUUAGGGGGUGGUCUUCCCGAUUUUUUUUGCCAAAACAAAAGCGACCAACUUUAUUUUGAGCGUAACUUGCUUAAAUUUAAUGCUAGAAACUUUUUAUAAAAACAGAAAUAAAGCAUUUUUUAAACACUUUAAAAAAGUGCUGGGUUUUCCCCAAAAAGUGCUUAUUUUUUUGGAUAAUUCACUUCGAAGUAUUCUAUUUCAAAUUUGAUGAAUAUGAAUAUAUUUUUCAUUGGCUAUAACUCUGGUUUUACGAGGUCCAGAGACCUAACGCGUACACCAUUUUUUUUUACUUUUUUACAGGCUAUAUUUUUGCUAAGAACGUUUUUUUCAACAAAAUACUUACUUUUUGAGUUAUUUGCGAAAAACCGUCUAAGAAUGUAGUUAUUUUGUUGAAAAUGAACAUAUUCACUCGCAAAUAACUCGAAAAGUGUUGACUUGGCGAAAAAGCUCUAUAGAACAAAAGUUACUUAAAAUUAGUCAGUUUAUCCAUUUCCGGACUUAUUUUAGACUAAUAUUUUUUUACCCCCAAGAGGGGGAGAAAGUCACCCCCAGGGCAAAAGCACACAUCGGCACAAUAUAACUUUUUUUUCUUUGACAUGUAAGCUAUGCGUAUGCCAAAUUUCAUGUCAAUCCAAACGGUUCUUUAAAAUUUAGAGCAAAAAUCGUGAAAGAAUGGACUAAGUGCAAUUUUAUCGGAAAUCGGUGAAAUUCAGAAACUUAAGGACCUUGAGGAACCCCAAAAUAUUAAAAUCGGUCAAGCAACUUUUGCCACUUUUUUUUGUUAACACUUAGGUACAGUAGGAAAAAUGAAAGAAUACCCAUGAACGAAGAUAUAAAACACGCUGUAUUUUCCUGUCACCGUGUCACAAAGAAAAUUGCCCAGCGCAAGAACAUGUAAUAAUAAUUAUUACAUGUACUUGCGCUGGCCAAUUUUUUGUGUGACACAGUGACAGGAAAAUACAGCGUGUUUUAUAUCUUCGUUCAUGGGUAUUCUUUCAUUUUUCCUACUGUACGCAUAUUUUAACAACUAUGUCACACUACUUGGAGAAAAAAAGUUUUUUCGUUCCACCCUAGUGUAUGUACAUAUAUCUAUUAAAAUAAACAGUCUGUAGAAAUCAAAGCUAGGUACAUAAAACGUGUAUUAGAAACAAACAGGAUGAAGUUGUACAAUACAAUCUCUUUAAAAUAGAAUAAAUUAUAUUUUAAAGACUCUAGUUUACUAUUUUUCACGUCCCAAAUCAAUAUAAUUUUAAAGCUUUUAUUUAUUUAUAUAAAUAAUACUUUAAUAUUUUGAAAUGGUGGUUAAUGCUUGAAUUUGUAAAAUUCAAUAUAUCCCGAAAUUAAAAAGUGUAGUUAUUUUAUAGUUUUUAAUUUCUUCAACACGUUGACGGACAGUGCGUGAAAUGUAUAAGCAAGUGUUAUGACACUAUAUAUGUAUUUUGCAAAGUAGAAUAGGGAAAAAUACAACGUCUAUAGACGUUCUGUCCGUCAAAGUGUUAAACUAACAAAUAUUUUGUAAUAGGUCUUGGAAACACACUUAAAAAAACAUCAUUACCUCCCUCAAGAGGCUCGUUUAUUCAGUUGUCGAGUCAGACAACUUUUCUAAUAAUACGGAAAAUUUUUGGUGGGGGUUGAAGAGAAAAUUCAUGAAAUCGUCAACUUCGGAGCGUCCGACAACUGAAGUACCCUUAAAAAUUUGUCGAACAAUAUUACCAGUAAAUUGUAAGUAUUUUUAUCAACAAUCCUGCUAAAAUCAGCUAAAUUUUAUGACUACAUGAUGCCCCCCUCAUAAAAUUUAUACCCUCACAGCUGAUUUUUGCAAGAUUGUUUUAUAAAAAUACUUACAAUAAUUUACUAGUAAUAUUGUACGACAAAGUUUUAGGAUACUCCAGUGUCGGACGCUCCAAAGUUGACGAUUUCAUUCAUUUCCUCCCCGCCCCCUUCCGAAAAUUUUCCGUAUUAGAAAAGUUGUCUGACUCGACAUGAAUAACUGAAUAAACGAAGUCUCAUGAGGUAGGUAAUCAUGAUUUUUAAGUGGGGACCCAUGGUCUAUAAUUGAUUAUUUUUAGAUUAAUUUCCUAUUGAACUUUUAGGCAAAUUUUGUUAAUGGGUCUAUUGAAUAAAAAGAAGUAUUUGCUUUUACUUCCUCGUAUUUAAGUAUUGACUUAAUAGUUAUUGGACAAAGCAUUAAAGAAAUGGCUUUAUUCAAUUACUAUUAAGUAAAUACUUAAAUAUUUGUAAGUAAAAACAAAUACUUCUUAUUCAAUAGACCCAUGGUGAGGAAUAUUCUGUUAAAGAUAGGCAACCAGUAUUUCAGUUUGCUAUCAUUGGAAAACUGUAGAAGCCGUCCCUACUUGGAAAAAAGGCUCUAAAAGAGUAGGCACUCUAAACCUUUUGAUUGUGUUGAUCUAGUCAUAAAAAGAAAUUAUUUGUUUUUGUUGUAACUAAAAUUUAACUUGAGGUGAUACAGUGGCGAUCACCAGGUAGCAAAAACGCGUUCCAAAAUUGCGGCUGUAAUUUUGAAUAUUUUUUCGAGAUAUUUGGCACACGUAUUCGUAAUAUAAUAAAGAAUGGCGGUACAGAGCCCUAUUUGAAAAAUAUAUUAAUAUGUGGAAAUUACUCUGUAAUUGAAUACAAUAUUAAAAAAACGAGCCUGUACCGCCAUUAAGAAGAACAAAAAAAUAAACUUUCUUCAAAUAAACUUUUUUAUCCGAUGCCUAGAUUUUGUGUCAUUUUGGAACUACUAAAAUUUUUUAUUUCAUUAGUAGUUCCAAAAUGACACAAAAUCUAGGCAUCGGAUAAAAAAGUUUAUUUGAAGAAAGUGUAUUGUUUUGUUCUUCUUAAUGGCGGCACAAGCUCGUUUUUUUUAAUAUUGUAUUUAAUUACAGAGUAAUUUCCACAUAUUGAUAUAUUUUUCAAAUUGGGCUCUGUACCGCCAUUCUUUAUUAUAUUACGAAUACGUGUGCCAAAUAUCUCGAAAAAAUAUUCAAAAUUACAGCCGCAUUCUUGGAACGCGUUUUCGCUACCUGUUGAUCGCUACUGUUUCCUCUUAAAUUUGAAACAAUUUAAAUAAAAAAUUGUAACUACAUAACUAAAUGCUGGAUUCAGUUCAACAAGUCUUGCUCAAAAGCUAUGGAUGUAGGACAAAUUUGAAGCCAAUUAAGGAAAAUAUUUAAUUCAAUGUCAAUUCACAUACACUGUAUCAUGUGUAUCAUAAACAAACGAUACUCUUUUUUGGACCAUUUUUUAAAAUUCCACUCUUGUUUGAAUAGCUUUUGAAUUUGCUUAACUAUUUUGUUUUAUUUUCCAGCAUUAGCUUAGUAAGCUAAAAUUAGUUUAUUUUAAUAUGACUCCUUUUGAUUUUUUUUAAUAAUCGAAUAAAAUAACUUGUUGAUAGAGGUGAUUCAUUUAAACAAAAUGAUCAAACACUAUAACAGGAAAUCAUUCUUUUGUAAUUUUAGACCUACCAAAUAAAACAGUCCUGGCUCCUAAAUUAAAAUCUUAUCAUAUAGCCCGAUCAAGAAACAGCAAAUUUUACGAAAACCUCCAAAAAAAUAAAGGAAGGAUGAAAAUUUGGGAAUAGGUAGUUGAAAUUGUCUAUUAUUAUAUAAGAAAAAGUUUACAAUUCUACAUCCCCUCCAUUUUACAAAAAUUGGGAAAUACGGGGUGAAAAAUAUUUUUGUCAGGAGUGAAAAAAUAUACAUUCAAAAUGGACGGAAUUGGAUAAAAUGACUAAUUCUAAGCAACUUUUGUUCUAUAGAGUUUUUUCACUAAGUCAAUACUUUUCGAGUUAGUUGUGAGUGAAUAUGUUCAUUUUUAACAAAAAAAACAUGUUUUUGGACGGUUUUUCGCAGAUAACUCAAAAAUUAAGUACUCUAGCGGAAAAAAUAGUAAAAAUGUAGCUUAUAAAAACUAAAAAAAAUGGUAUACGCGUGAGGUCUGCAGACCCAGUGGAAGCAGAGUUGUAGCUAAUGAAAAGUAGGUUCUUCUUCGUCAAAUUCCAAAUCGAAUAUUUCAAUGUGAAAUAACCAAAAAACAAAGCUUUUUUCGGAGAAAAUUCAUUACAACUUUUUUAAAGUGUUUAAAAAAAGGUUUAUUUUUGUUUUUUUUUUAAACUUCAAUAAACUAAAACAAUAAAAAUAAGUCGGUUACGCUCAAAAUAUUGUUGGUCUCUUUUAUUUUUUGGUACAAAAAUCGCGAAAAUCAUCCCCUAAUUAGCUUUCUAAAUAAAAUUAAUCGUUACCGCUUCACAAGUUACUUUACUUACCUAUUGUUUAUAUUAUCUAUAAGUUUCAUUGGUUCAAAAUUGGGUAUAAAAUAAAACAUUUUUUUUUUAAUUUGAAAAAAAUGGAAUUGUUCAUGAAAUUAACUUAAAAAUUAUUAGUAAUACCAAAACUCUUAAAGAGUAAUAAAAUAUACGUUUUGCUUUUCUGAAUAUUUUUGCUGUUUUGUUUUCUUGUUAGACAAAAAUUGGUUAUGCUAUGGCUGUUCAAAAUUAGCCUAAACUCGUGAUUAGUUACUCGUUCAAGCCAUUUUAACUACAGCUUUUCAAAAAUAAGCACUUUGAACCAGUGAAACUUACAGAUCAUAAUAAAUAAUACAUAAGUAAAGUAACUUGUGAAGUGGUAAUGAUAAAAUUUAUUUGUGAAGCUAAUUAGGAAGUGAUUUUCGCGAUUUUUUUACCAAAAAAUAAAAGAAACCAACAAUAAUAUUUUCAGCGCAAUUCACUUACUUUUAAUGUUACAAAUUUUUUUAAAAAAACAAAAAUAAAACCUUUUUUAAACACUUCAAAAAAGUUGAAAUGAACUUUCCCCGUAAAGUGCUUCAUUUUUGGGUUAUUUUACAGUGAAAUAUUCGAUCUGCAAUUUGAUGAAGAAGAACCUACUUUUCAUUAGCUAUAACUCUGCUUCUACUGGGUCUACAUACCUCAAGCAUACACCAUUUUUUUCAGUUUUUAUAAGCUAUAUUUUUGCUAAGAAUAUUUUUUCGCUGAAAUACUUACUUUUUGAGCUAUCUCCGAAAAACUGUCCAAAACGAUGUUUUUUUCUGUUAAUAAUGAACAUAUUCACUUGCAAAUAACUCAAAAAGUAUUGACUUAAGGACAAAACUCUAUAGAACAAAAGUUGCUUAGAAUUAGUCAUUUUAUCCAAUUCCGGACUUAUUUUGAAUGUAUAUUUUUCACCUUCGAGAGGGGGCUUUCCCCUCCAUUUUUGUAAAAUGGAGGGGAUGUAGAAUUGUAAACUUUUUCUUAUAUAAUAAUAGACAAUUUCAACUACCUAUUUCCAAAUUUUCAUCCUUCCUUUAUUUUUUUUGGGGUCAGAUUGUUCUUUGAUCAGGCUAAUAUGCUGCAGAGCCCCUAAGGUUGGUGCUAGAAUUAAUAUAGAUAGACAAAAUUAUCUAAUAGAUUCAUGAAAAUGUUUUGGGGCAUACUUACAUAGUAUAUGAUUAGUGUGACCAACUAGCCCGAAAAAUCCGGGACAUGGCCCGAAUUACGAAGUCAUGUCCCGGCGUCCCGGACAAGGCUUCCGGGCCAUCCGAAUUUUCAACGUUUUGGUAAAAUUCUAUUUUGAAAUUUUGAAUACUUUAUUCUUCUAAGAAUUCACAUCAAACUGAAUUGGUAGGACAAAAAAAAAUCGACAAUCUCUACAGUGUAAUACUAAUACCACAUCCAAAACGCAUGCCUUUUAUAUCGUGGUAUUAUAGUUCUACGAAAACUAAAACGGUGGACUUUUUUUCGUUUCUGUAUUUUAAUUGUCUUCUGAAAAAAAAAAUGGCCCGAUUUUCAUUGAAAUGUCCCGGAUUUUAGGUAUUUUUUUCAGCCUUGUCCCGGAUUCGACUCAAUUGGAGUUGGUCACACUAUAUAUGAUAGCUAAGGUUGAUAUAAAAUUAUAACGAUUGGUAACCCACUUAUUGGUAGUUCUAAUAUUUCAUCAUGUAAGUAAUAUCUAUUCACAAUCUUUGUUUACCGCCUUGAUUUUUAUUUUCUAAAAUUUUGUCAUGUUUCUAAUUAUUACACCUUUUUAUCUAACACUCUUUACUUUUGUAUUCUCUUGAGGGUCUCAGUAUGCACCUUAGGAUUCUUAUAAGCGACUUUGAAAGUAUUUGAGAUAUGGAGAUAAAAAUUCGAUAAACAACACACAAGUUUAGUAAAACCAUGUAAAACUAUUAAGUAUGUACUACUUUUGUUUUAAUCAUAUCCUAAAACAAACUGUUCUAGCAAUAAUUUUUUCUAGGUGAAUGCUCACAUUUAUAUUAACAAGUAGUACUUAUAUCGUUUUAUUAAGACUCAUUGAACAUUUUUAAUAUUUUCACUUUCCCCACUAAAUUAAAAAGACUAAAUAUGAAUUAUGUUACUAGUACUUCUACUGUUAAUAACUUUUUCAGAUAGUUAUUUUGUAAGGCAAUAUGUUAUAAUUAUUAAUAAAACCUAUUGUUCAUUUA